AUGGCCACGCCUCGGGAAAUAGCGGGAGCGCUUACCUCUUCCCAAUCUUCAUCUUCAAGCACGAUCGCAGAAGAUGAUAUGUUCGUGACGAUAGCACAGACUCAAACCAGAGGCUGGGGACUGAUGUGUGGCCAAGACGUCGAGGUCGGCGAGACCAUCAUUGAAGAGAACGGCCUCUUUCUGUACUUGGACAACGAGUUUCAGCGUCCAUGGCCAGGCCCAGAAACCAUCGGGAGAGAAAGAUUCGUCGAGAACAUCAGAACAAUUGCAAAUUUCAUGCAGGGGGUUGAACGUCUUGUCCUUAUGACUGCAGAAGCUGCUAUUGGCGACCUAGUUGGUUACCUGAGCACCUAUUUUGCUCGCAGGGUCAAAGAACCACAACACAUCUCUGGAACUGCGGUUUUUGAGGCACUCUUUGGUCACCUGGGAUAUCUCGGGAGAAGUGAGGAACAACAACAAUUCGGGUAUGAUGUUUUUCGGUUCUUGAACGAUGCCCUAUACCUGGAUACUGGCCUGCAGCAUCGGCAUGUCUUUGCAUUUGGGACGUUCGCCUGUCUUCUGAAUCAUUCUUGUCAACCAAAUGCGAUAGCCAUUCCCCGGAUCGAUGCAUCAGCCGAACGCCCGGGCAUGUUUACUGGCACCGUGUACGUCCGUGCUAUCCGACCAAUCCAGGCAGGGGAAGAAAUCACCAUAGCGUACUUGCCUGAUAUUGAAAGCAGUCGGGAGGAACACCAGGACAAGAUCACCAACUUGUACGACUUCGAAUGCCUGUGCUCUGCCUGCGAGUCCGACAAGCACGACGCACACCAGCGAGACCUGAAGGACGUUGUAUAUGGUCUCUACGGCGAAAUUCGGAAAUGCAUGAAAGGUCCCAACGAACUCGACAAUACACCGGCGCCUGAGUUGUUCCGUAAAGCGGCUGUCGUUCUGGAUGGCUUUGAUGCUCUCAAUAUCUGCCAUCAACCGAAGAAGUACAUUUACGAUGUUUGCGCUCGCAAGGCCUGGAAUGGCGAGGAUUUGUUGCGCACAUACUUCUUCGUCACCAAAUCGCUUCAGUGGUCGUUGCUCGUUCACGGCAUACCCAGCCCAGAAGUUAUGGCCAUCAUACGUGACCGUGAAGGAAUCCGUCGCUGCCAGGUCGAAAAGGAAGACGAUUCUGCUGAGACCUAUUCCACCUACCAAGCGUACGACAUGAGCCAGGACCUGCUGGAAGACUUGAUGUUCAUGAUGAACCACGAGCAGGAUGACACCGUGUACCACUGCCUGCAAGUCGUCGAUGGGAAGGUGGAAGAGGUCCCUGAAGGCGCGAUUGGAAACCGAGUCAAGGCAGCGCGGCAGCGACAGCAGCAGCUGAAGGACCAGUCCCGCAGCAUCGACGACAUUGCCAGAGAAAUAGAGGCAAUGGACGGGUCUGAGCCCAAGAAGCUCUCCAAGAAGGCGAGGAAGAGAGCCAAGAAGGCGGCAAGGGAGGCAGAUGAAGAAGAGGUCGUCUCGCUGCCUGCGUCGGCUCCGUUUCAAUGGACGGAGGAGGAGCCUUUCGUAUGCUUGUUUGGCGCCGCCGACGGCGUGUCCAAGCAGGCCUGGCUGCGGGACAGUGCAGCCAAAGAGGCCCUUCGUUUCGAGCCACGAGACGUAGGACACCUUCUUGCCGCCAAAGACGGCAUGAGUACGGACCAAGAGCGGUUCGUGCUCAGUGCUCGUCGAGAUUCGAUCUCGGGCCGAAUCCAGGGGGAGAAGGAGUUUGCGGAGCUGGCUGGGCGGUUUGGUCGAAAGGCCAGAACCCAUUCCUUCGGGAAUGACGGUUCGAAGAAGGACCUGCUGAAAGAGGCAGAGGUACGAGAGAGCCAGUGCUGGUAG